CCUGAUAAUGACAUCAGAAUUCAGAGCCCGCCUUUAUUAAGCAAACUGCGGAGCAUAUUGCAACAGAGAAACAUUUAAUUAGACUGAGGAGCUAGACCGAGGAAGAGAUGAAAACCAGCCUGCAGAAAUGUUGAUGUAUUCACUGCUGAUCUGAGCCGGGACGAUUGAAGAAUUUACGCCGGAUUUCCUGCCCCAUGAAAUCCAUCAAGAGGUAGGAAUGCAAGACUCUGUUAACUUGAAGAGAGCACACAGACUUUAAAGGAUUGGUGUCUUCUCCAAAUUGCCAACAUGUCGAGUGCUGGACUAGCAGCACAGGAGAUCCACAGUCCACUGAGUAAUUGCUUCAUGCAUGGUACGCAUGGUGUCAUCAACAACAAAAGCUGCUGGAAUCAGUCAAGUACCUUGGACAACACCUUCUUUGCAGACACCACGGCUGUGACCUGUGCUCUGAAUGCUGCUCCCCAUAAACGGCCCUACAGUGUACCUUCAACCAACCGACAAGACGAGGAGCCAUUUGGACUGAAUAGAUACUGCUGCUUUGGAAGAUCAUCCUUCCACAAGAUACGACCACCACCUCUGAAAAUGCAAAACUCUGAGGAAUCGUUUGUACAGCUGGAAAAGGAUCAGGUUCUGCCUCAUUUUAAGAAACUCUCAGUGAACAGCACAGGGUUGUCACCACCUCAAACACCAGUGAGGGGAGCAACUGCACUAAUUAAUGUUGGAUGUUCCAGUGACCGAAGCUCUAAGCCGCUCCCCCCACUGCCUUUCCCUUGUGGUGAGUUCUUCGAUGAUGUGGACAGUGAGGUUGAGUCCAUUACGAACUCUGAAACUGACUUGCUCUUGCAUGAUAACAGACCAUUGGGCUUCAGAUAUGGCGCUCCCAGCAGAAGGAGUUUCCGUGGAUGUGGGCAGGCCAACUAUGCUUACUCUGAGAGUAUCAGUCACACUAGAUUACCAGAGAGUUGCCAUGUUAUAAAAGAUACUUGCCUGGAAAAUAAAGAGGUCACUGUUCAACCUGUUAAGCCCCACCGUAAAUUACGGCGUUCACAUUCGGGCCCAGCUGGAUCCUACAACAAGCCUACCGUACUGAAAAAUGCAAGUUGCCUCUCAAACUCGUUGACAAAUACCAGUGAGGUAAAGCCUGAGAUUCCCCCUCGAGUACCCAUACCCCCACGGCCAGUGAAACAUGACUACCGGAGAUGGUCUGCAGAGGUUAUGUCAGCCAUGCACUGUGAUGAGGACAAACCACCAAAGGUUCCUCCAAGAGAACCUAUGUCCAGAAGCAAUUCACGCACCCCAAGUCCCAAAUGUCUCCCGGCCUACCUCAAUGGGGUGAUGCCACCAACACGAAGCUUUGCACCUGAUCCCAAAUAUGUCAGCAACAAAGUCCUCCAACGGCAAGCAAGUGAUGGGGCAACGCCACGGGUACCAUGUAUUUUGCCAAUCAUUGAAGAUGGGAAGAAGGUGAGCUCGACACACUACUACUUGCUUCCUGAGAGACCUCUAUACCUUGACAAAUUUGAGAAAUAUUUAGUAGAGGCCCAAGCCUCAGAGGAAUCAAAUGAUUGCACAACAGAGAGCUUCAAGACAUUUGCUUUGAGCAAACCAGUAACAAUUAAACAGAAACUCGUUUCCAAUGUGGACGCCCCUUAGUAGCAACAAACAAGCAGCAAGGAACUAUCCCAGACUAAUCAAGUCUCCUGGUUUACAGGACCAACAGAAAAAAAGAAAGAGUUAUAGAAUGUGAUUCGAAUAUCUCAGCAAAACUCUAUAAAGUAUGCGUAAUAUGACUUGAACAUUAUCUAUAAACCCGAAGUCCUUGAACAAGCCACAGGGAACAGGAUGUCCAGUUAAGGUUUUGCUGUAUAAUUGUUUUAUGACAUUCUCAUCAGGUUCUCUCAGUUAUUUUUAUUGCACUUUAUCUACUUUUGGACCUUUGCAACAGUGAAGUAGACAUCGGGCAUGGUUAAAAUACUCAUUAUAUUUUGCCAGGUGCAGUACACAGUAAAUCUCACUGUGUUUCUUAACUAGCACAACAAACUCAAGAUUAGUUUCUCUGGCCAAAACCCUUUAUCAAAUUGUUCAGAGACCCUUGAGGUUGAGAAAUUGCAGCAAUUGUUGCUGGGCAGUGUGUCAUGCUUGGUAUUAAUUCACCUCAGGAAUGCUCAAUGAAGGUCACCUCUUACUUAAUGGCUAUUUAAGUUUAAAAAAAGUAUUAUGUUCAAGUGAAGGGAUAGAAUUAAAAUAACUUUUAAGCACAGAACUGCCACAAGUUCAUAUCUCUGCCUCUUUCUUCCUGCCAACCCACCUAAGAAUGUGUAGCAUUUGUGUUAUGAUAUUGGAAAAUCCUAAAGUUGGGAAGGAAUGGAGUGGGCAAUCUAUUUAAUCUAGAAAGUUAGCAAACUACCUGCUGCUCUUUCUUCUUUAUUUCCUCCCCGCUUUGAGUAGAACAGAAGUAAUAGUCAUGAAUGUGAUUGGAGGAAGAGGAGAAUAUGCUGUGGGUAGGGGCUGGUGGUAGGAAGUCUUCUACAAUGUGGACAUCUACUCGCAAUCUGUCAUUCACCACAUAUCGGCACUGUUCUAACAUUAACGCACAAUAUUAUCUACACUCAUUCAAAAAAUCUGCAGAUGAUUACUGGCAAUUUAACAAGAUUUGUUGCAGUCAUAGCCCCUUUGGGUUCAAGACUGAAGUCUGGUUCUGACUAACUACCCUCUGAUAUCCAAAUGCUCAUUCUAAGUGAUGAUAAAAAUGGUUCAUGAAAGGUAUCAGAGUACAGCCCACUUUUGCCCUUGUGUACAUAUCUACAUGGUGGGCUGGGGCCACACACCAGAUUUCAAAUGAGAGCCAUCAAUGUCAAUAAUAGUUACUUUCCCAGAGUUCUAUCCAUCAAAAAAAGAAUGCUGUUUGCAGAGGAAAAUAAUGAUUUCUAUCUUUUGGAUUGUGUGGCCCUUUAGUAAGGUCAAACCUUGGGUUCUCCCAAACUGGUGCUUAGCAACACUCGAUCAACUGGAAUUGAGGGAGGAUGAAGGAUAAUCAAGAGAAACCAUUCUGGAACGAGGUGGCAGAAGAGUGUUGGGGCUUUCUCACAAAGCUCCCAGUGGAAUACCUGUGAAAAGGGAGUUUCAACUAGUGUUUGACUUGGAAAUAAAACAUACUUCUCUCCUUCUCCCCCCCCCCCCACUCCCUUGUAUAUGAAUGUGAGCGUAUUGAUGAAAAUGAGAACAUUCAGAGAUAAACUAUUGUGCUCUAAAACAAAACAAGAUAGGGUUGUGUAAUGGGAACUAUGGUAAGAGGCUUGAUAUUAACCCACAAGCUUGUUUACAUGAUAAAGGACUGGACUAGGGACCUACAUGAAGAAUCUUGCAGUUACUUGUUUAGGAAGUUUUACAUGUUAGAAACCAAUUAGCUGCAUGUAACAUAAAUGAAGGCCUAUAUUUCUGCUAUUGUAUACUCACUGGCUGUAACAUAUUUUGUUUCUAUAAUAUUUGUUGAAAAGCUACAGAAUAAUGUUUCUGUGGUUCUGUGCAGUAUUAUUACAUUUAUUUUUCAAAAAAAUCUUGGCUCUUUUAAAUUGUGUUGUCAGAGCUUUUGAUUUCUAUAUGUGCCCCUCUCCCAACACCAUGGAAUGAUAAUUUUGUUACUGUGACAAGGUAAUGUAAAACCAAUGAAUGAUCAGCAAUACACCUACACACUG